GAGAUUGCAUCAUUAUUGAACGAGACGUUGUUGAGAAUGCUGCGUUUUUCUGUGCUGCUCUUCUUCAUCGGUGUUUCACUUGUGACCGCCAAUGAUGAUGGUUGCAACGAGAUGGUCUGUGGAUCGGUGGUCUCAAAGUGUUUGCUUACGCAGAGCUGUCAGUGUAGACUGAACGAUUGCCACUGCUGCAAGGACUGCCACAAUUGUCUGGGCGAACUGUACACAGAGUGUUGUGGCUGCCUCGAUAUGUGUCCCAAGCACAAGGACGUGCAGAGUUCGAUGACGCCGCGAUCGGAGAUUGGCGAUGUCGAAGGCGUUCCCGAAUUAUUCGAUACCCUGACGGCCGAGGAUGAUGAACAAUGGUCCACCAUUCGUAUGCCAAUGCGAGCGGGCGUUAAGCAGCGCCUGGAGGGAGGAGGAUCGGAUUUCUUCAAUCAACCCACUGGCGGCAGUGCUAACUGUACCGUUAUCUAUGUGAACACCUGUGUGAGAUCGAACAAAUGCAAGGAGCAGUGUGAGAGUAUGGGAGCCAAUAGCUAUCGCUGGUUCCACGACGGUUGCUGCGAAUGUGUGGGCGCUCAGUGUCUCAAUUAUGGCAUCAACGAGAGUCGCUGCAGCGAGUGUCCGGAGGAUCAGGAUCUUUUGCUCACUGAUGAUGCUGCUCAUUGGGAGGCGGAACAGGAUCUGGAGCGUCUUUUUGGCCUUGAGGACGAUGGGCCUAAUGAUAUGUGGGACUAUGGCGAGAACGAUGAUAUGAUGUAGAUUCUAGUAAAGUAACUUAGUAAACUGUAUAUAUUUAUGUAAGUUCAUUUUUUUUUAAAGUGUCAAAUAAAUUAUCAAUUGCAUCUAAAUUUUACUAUAUUAUUUAUUAUUUGUAAAUUGUCGAGGGAAUAGAUACAAAUUCUCUCAUAUCGAUUUCAAAUAUAACGGGCAUAGCUUUGAAUGGCUACAUUUCAUACUAUUUAUCGAAAUCUAUCGAGCUUACAAAGUAAUCGUUUUAUGUUUUCAUUGUUGACCGCCCAAGCUCGCUGAAUUCCCCACAUCGCGCAAUGGUGAAAUAAUUGCAAACAGACGGCAGCACCGAUAAGUUAUCGAUAGUUUCAUUUUGGGCCGACGUUAUUGUAGCGGAAAGUGAAAUCAGCUGCUUCAAAAAGUAAAAACAUUACGCGCGGGAUGCAAUAAAAACUGUGUAUAU